CCUUCAAGUAAAAGAUUUUAAAUUAUAGAUACUUUUUUUGUUAAACAAUCUAGUGUUCUAUAUAUUUGUUUCUUUAUAAAUAUGAUAAUAAAUACAAACAUUAAGUUCUUGAAUCAUCUUCUAAAUAUUUUUCAUUAACAACAUACAUAAUAAAAUUAGAAAACAUUCUACAAUAAUUAUUGACGCAAUCUCCAUAUGCCUAUUUGCAAUCAUUUUUAUUAUACCAUUAGGAUUUCUAAUAAUCCAUCCUGAUACACUUUUAUUAAGUAAAUAACAAAGUUGUGACUUUUAAAUUCUCUCUGUUUAAUUUAUAAAAGUUAGAUUCACCUACAAAGAAAAAAGAAUAAAAAAACUUGAAAAAAAAUCAUGUCUAUUUGGCUUUUCCUUUUUUCUUUUCAAUCCUAUAAUAAUUAUAAUAAGGUAUUAAAGAUGGGAUGAGAGUAAAUCCCCAUAGUUUGAAAAUUAAAGAAAUUAAAGAUUUCUAAUUAUAUACAUACAUACAUAUAUAUAUAUAUAACAAAUUUAAAGUUAGAUUCACCUACAAAGAAAAAAGAAAAAAAAAACUUGAAAAAAAAUCAUGUCUAUUUGGCUUUUCCUUUUUUCUUUUCAAUCCUAUAAUAAUUAUAAUAAGGUAUUAAAGAUGGGAUGAGAGUAAAUCCCCAUAGUUUGAAAAUUAAAGAAAUUAAAGGUUUCUAAUUAUAUACAUACAUAUAUAUGUAUAUGGAUAUUCUUCAAAUAUGACUAUAGAAUGGGAUAUCAUUCUCUCAUAAAUAUAUUCCUAAACAAACAAAUUUUUGUCCUUAGCCUUUUUUGUUUCAAGACAAGAUUAAAAGAAGGGAAAUUAAAUUGAAAAUAUUACAUUCUUCAUUUGAGUUAAAAAAUUUGGUAGUUAAGAGAGAGGGAAUGAGAAAUAUACCGAAAGUAUGUUCUUUCAUAGAUUUGGCCUGUUAUAUGGCCAAAUGAAUUGAAGGAGCGGGCAGUAAAAAUGGUAACUGUGAUUUAUUGAAAGCAAAGUGCUAAUGAAAAAUAUUAUUAAAAUUGAUAAUAUUAGUGGGUGCAUUCCAAUGUUACUGAUCAAAACAGCCAACUAAGUACCACACAAAGCCAUAAAUUCCCACAAGUCAUCAUUGCCUUACAUGGUAAUGGAGCCAUGAAGACACGGCCAAUUGAAGUCAAGUGAGGGCCAAAAAGGAGGAAAAUAAAUGUUUUCGUCAUGAAUUCUGAAGAUUAUUUUAAUCAACAUCGAAUGGCAUAUAUAGUCACUUUUUUAAUUAAAAUUUGGGAUUGUUUUUCAAUCUCCAUUUCUGAGAUAAGACCACACCCUGUGUAAAAAGAAAUCAAAAAGGCAAGAGGGCAAUUAAUUGAAAAGAUAUCAGUCCUUAUCUCUUAUAUUUUUAUUUAGAAACGAUUGGAGAAGAGAAUCUGAGCCUUAUAUCAUUAGAUUUGGUCAAGGACAUAUAUAAUAAGCAAAGUUGCAGACCAAGAAGUGAGCAGUGGAUGGUGGGUACACUAGUCAACCUUGUGGGUUUGGUCUCCUCUUCUCAAGAACUCCCUUGGUAGCAACUAGCAAGUGGGUUCAAAUUGAUCACCAUGGUUGAGUUGGGGGCCUUGCCAACAGUAUUGGCUCUAUUUCUAGGACUAGUUUUGGCUUUUCUUGUGAAAUUCUUCUUUUCCAGAGAGCAUACGAACUUACCUCAUGGGAAAAUGGGAUGGCCCCUUCUGGGGGAGACUCUUGCCUACCUGAAGCCACAUAAAUCCGACUCUAUAGGGAUCUUCUUGCAGGAACAUUGCUCUAGGUAUGGGAAAGUCUUCAAAUCACAUCUAUUUGGUCACAGAACCAUAGUUUCCUGCGACCAUGAGCUCAACAUGUUCAUUCUUCAGAAUGAAGAGAAGCUAUUCCAGUCCAGCUAUCCCCAGGCCCUUCAUGGCAUCUUAGGAAGAAAUUCUUUGAUUCUUGUGUCCGGGGACGUUCACAAAAAGCUAAGAAGUCUUGCUCUAGGCAUGAUUGGUGGUACUAAGUCGACAGUCAACUUCCUUCCUUCCAUAGAAAGACUGUCAAUAUCAAUGAUGGAGUUAUGGAAAGGAUGCAAAGAAGUUGUCUUCUGCAAAGAAGCUAAAAGGUUCACGUUCAAUCUCAUGAUGAAGCAAAGUCUAAGUAUUGGACCAGAUGAGGCAGUGACCGCUCAGAUAUUGGAAGACUUCCAUACCUUCAUGAAGGGCUUUGUGUCUCUCCCAAUAUAUAUCCCAGGAACCUCCUAUCAUAAGGCUGUGAAGGCUAGAGAAAGGAUCACCUCUACUGUCAAAGGGAUCAUAGAAGGAAGGAGGAAAGAGAACAGGCUUCAAAAUGGAGACUUUCUAGAUGUGAUUUUAUCAAAGGAGAACUUAACUGAUGAAGAGAGAGUGAGUCUUAUUUUGGAUCUGUUGCUUGGAGGCCAUGAAACCACUGCCACACUGAUGGCUUUACUCAUCUACUUUCUCGCACAUUCACCACAAGCUCUUCAACAGCUGAGGGAGGAACACCUAGCCAUAAGGAAAAACAAAAACGAUGGAGAGCUCUUGAGUUGGGAAGAUUACAAGCAGAUGAACUUCACCCUCAAUGUCAUAUAUGAAGGCCUGAGAUGUGGGAAUGUGGUCAAGUUUGUGCACAGAAAAUCUCUUGAAGAUAUCAGAUUCAAAGAGUAUCUCAUUCCUGCAGGAUGGAAGGUUCUCCCUGUCUUUACUGCAGUGCACCAUGAUCCCUGUCUUCAUGAAAAUCCUUGGGAUUUCAACCCUUGGAGAUGGGACGAUCAAGCAACCAACAAAAAGGUCAGCUUCUUUGGCGGAGGACAGCGGCUGUGUCCAGGGGCAGACCUAGCCAAAUUGGAAACCGCUUUCUUCCUUCACCAUCUUGUCCUCAACUAUAGGUGGAAAAUAAAAGGAGAUAAUUUCCCUCUUGCUUACCCUUAUGUGGAGUUCCACAAAGAAUUGGCGAUUGAGAUAGAGCCAAUACACAAGACAUUGGAACAGAAAUGUUAGAUGUAUUUUAGCCAUUUUUACAUUUGCUAGCAAGAACAUGGCCACAACUGUACCUAGCGCUUCAUUUAAUAAAUGGCUGUCUUACAAAAUGUUACUUUUUGUUGUCAGAUGCUUUCUAUGUACUAUAAAUAAUGGAUUUGUGUUGUA